ACAAGACAUAACUCAGAUCCACCAGCCAUAUAACGAACACAAGCUAAAACAAGCAGCUCAACCUUCAUACACAGAUCAAGCAGGAGACCAUGGCCGGAGGAGAAGACCUGAAGCUGCUCGGCGCUUGGGCAAGCCCGUUUGUCACCAGGGUGAAGCUUGCGCUGAGCCUCAAGGGCCUGAGCUUCGAGGAUGUCGAGGAGGACCUGGGCAACAAGAGCGAGCUCCUCCUCAGCUCGAACCCAGUGCACAAGAAGGUGCCAGUGCUCGUUCACAAUGGAAAGCCCGUGUGCGAGUCAGUGAUCAUCCUUCAGUACAUCGAUGAGGCGUUCGCCGGCAUCGGUCCCUCUCUCCUUCCCUCUGACCCCUACCAACGUGCCGUUGCCCGCUUCUGGGCCGCCUACAUCGACGACAAGCUCGUCGCCCCAUGGGUUCAGGCAACGAGGGGCAAGACGGAGGAGGAGAAGUCCGAGGGGAUUAAUCAAACAUUUGCGGCGGUGGAAAUGUUGGAGGGAGCCCUGAGGGAGUGCUCCAAGGGAGAGGGUUACUUUGGUGGUGAGACCGUCGGACUUGUGGAUGUUUCACUUGGGAGCUUGCUCUCCUGGUUGAACGCUACAGAAGUGAUGUCUGGAACCAAGAUCUUUGAUCCUGUUAAGACUCCGCUCUUGGCGGCAUGGAUGGAUCGCUUUAGCGAGCUCGAUGCUGCCAAGGCGGCGUUGCCAGAGGUUGAUAGGGUGGUCGAAUUUGCCAUUAAGAGGCAGGCACAAGCUGCUGCCGCUGCUGUUACUUCGGACAACAAGUAAAUAUCACAAGAAUGUGAGUCCCAUUGAAUAAGAAAAAUGCAUGUUUCUUUCAAAUAAAGAUUAGUUGAUAAUAUUCCCUCUGUCCCAAAAUAUCUGUUUCAACUUUGUACUAGUUCUAGUAUAAAAUUGUACUAAGCUUAAGACACUUAUUUUGAAACGGAGGGAGUAGCAUAUAUGAUUGAUGUUUGUAUGUGAGAUUCUUCAUGUAAUGGUGUUUCGGAAAAUUAAUGAAUGUGAUAUUUUGUUAAGGUUUUAA